AUGCCGGCAAAACUUAAAGAAUGCGUUCUGAAGCCCAUUAGUUCGGACCAUCCACCGAUACGCAUCAACACGGAGCAAACGAUUGUCGGUCGAAGUCCGGAAACGUUAAUACAGGAUGCCAACUGUUCACGCAAGCAAGUGUGUUUAAAGGCCAAUCUAAAGGACGGAUAUGUGUUGGUCAAAACGCUUGGCUUGAAUCCCUCGGUACUGAAUGGCAAAGAGCUGCAACGGAACGUUGGCUAUGAAGCGGUCCAUGGUGAUACCAUCGAGCUGUUACCGGGAAUGUAUAAGUACGUGUUUGAAUUCAUAUACGAACCGAGUAUCAGUCCGGAAGCUGUACCGAUGACGAAAACUAAAUCACAGUCCAUGAAUGAAAAUGGCACAAGCAGUACCGGUAAACGAUCGCGCGAAGAACAGUCACCCGGUGGUAAGAAAUCGAAGCGUUCGAAAGCGGAAGCGAAGGAAUUGUCACCAGCGGUAACACCAGAAUCCAAACCACCGAAACCCAGCGUACAAGACGUGUGGCAAUCAUACGACAAUUCGCUGCUCCACGUCUUCACCAGUGCCGGUGUGGUGGCAUCAGAGAAGGUGGCCGCCUACGACAUGGACGGAACACUGAUAAAGACGAAAUCAGGCAACGUUUUCCCGAAAUCAGUAGACGACUGGCAGAUCGCUUUUCCCGAAGUUCCGGGCAAGCUAAAGUCGCUACAUCGUAACGGUUUCAAGCUGGUCAUAUUCACAAAUCAAGCCGGCAUCGGCAAGGGAAAGGUGCGCAUCGAAGACUUUCGUCGGAAGAUUGAAGCGUUGGUACGGAAGCUGUCCGUCCCGAUGCAGGUAUUCAUAUCGACCGGUGCCGGCAAAUAUCGAAAACCUCGGCCAGGCAUGUGGCAAAUGCUUUGCGACCAUCAAAAUGAUGGUUUGCCCAUCGACCGGGCGCGCAGCUUCUACGUGGGCGAUGCAGCUGGCCGACCCGAACUAAAAAAGCCGAUCAAACGCAAAAAGGACCACUCGUGUGCCGAUCGUCUGCUGGCGAUAAAUGUCGGCAUUACCUUCCUGACGCCGGAGCAACACUUUCAAAACCUACCCGACACCGUCUGGACGAAGCCCGAGUUCGAUCCGAAGGAGGUUUGUGGUUUGUCGACCCAGGGCACACUACUCCAACCGGUCAGUGCAUCGCUAACCAGUGCGGGUCAGGAGGUGAUCGUGAUGGUUGGAUUCCCGGGUUCAGGCAAAAGUCACUUUGUCCGUCAGCAUCUUGCACCGCACGGGUACGAGGUGGUAAAUCGCGAUACGCUCGGCUCGUGGCAAAAGUGUGUGACACAUAUGGAGGUGGCGAUUCGGCAGGGUAAGCGUGUCGUGGUUGAUAAUCUUAACCCGGAUGUGGAAAGCCGUAAGCGGUACCUGUUGGUGGCCAACCGUGCCAACAUUCCUGUGCGCUGCUUUCUGAUGGACGUUAGCUACAAGCAUGCGCGCCAUAAUAACGAAUUUCGGGAGAUGACGGACCGAAGUCAUUCCACCAUCUCGGAGAUGGUUUUCAAUUCAUACAAAUCCAAAUUUCAGCCACCGACCGUCGCGGAAGGAUUUACAGAAAUUGUAAAGGUGCAAUUUGUGCCGAAUUUCGCCAACAAGGAUCACGAACAACUUUACCGGAUGUUUUUGUUGGAGAAAUAG